GCCAAGGUUAGAAUGCAUUAGAUUGCUUUUUUUAAUUAUAGUUUAAAUCAAGUAAUUAGAGUAUUCAUUAAGACUGUAUCAGCGCAAUUCCACUUAAUAUUAUAGAAAUUUCAAAAAGUAGUAAACUUGUAGUUGGGACAAUCUUAAUUGUUUUAAAUUCAUGACUUUAAAAGGGAUUUGUAUAACGUAUAUAAGCAAUACGCCUAUUUUAUAUUUUUCGGAUCAGCUGUAAAUUUAUUUUUGCUGUGUUGAACUCUCGUGAGGUUAGUCGUGGAAAUUUACUCAGAACAUCAUGGCGAACGUGAUGAAACGACAGCGGUCUCGUCGCAGAUUAGCUGCAUUAACUUUUUUGUCCAACAUAUCGCUGGAUGGAUCGCAUAGGGAUACAAAGCUAGGCAUUUUCAACCGCAAUUUUCAAUCAAAUGACAUAGCCAGUGGAACAGAGUUAACAACUCCAAAACAAGAAGUAAAAAAACAUUCGAACGAAGUGAUUUCUUCUACGAAUAAUGCUAUUACUUGUAAUAGAGAUGACACUCGAAUUAAAAGUUGUCGGGCCGGUACGGAAGGUAAACUAAGUUGUCUGGGAAGCUGGGAUGCUGCAGUCGAUAAGCUAAAAUACGAAUCAAUAGACUUGAGUUUGAAGAAAAGUUUGAAUCUAGUAGUAGGUCUUUUUCUGCUUCAUGUUCUAAGCGUUACAGCCCAAAAGAAAAUCAGCGGUGGAGGAGCUAGUAGGAGUUGGAAGACUUCUAGUAGUUUAUCAGACUCAUCUUCCUCCACUGUGGAGGUUCAGUAUCUAAAGACACCAUGGGGACAAUAUAUAAAAGAUGAAAGAGUGGUUCUUGUUACUCCACAAAAAGUGCCCAUUGCCAUCUUCUCUUCUUUGCCAUACUAUCGUCGAGUUGUUCAUGGAAUAGUUCGAGGAGAAGCCAAACAGGAUGGUGGUAGAAGAAGACAAAUAUCAGGAAAUCGUCAACUGUCAGUUAUUAAUGACAAUCCUGAACAAAUAGAUUUACUUUUUAUGAUGGGCUUUGGAAAACCAGAGGAUGGCCAGGAUAUCUCAUUUAGUCAGCUACUGAUGCCAUCUUACUGUUACUCACAACGUCAGUAUAAGUUACAAGAGGCUGAUUAUGGUGGACAUCCUAGCUUUCAACUGUAUGUAAAAAGAUAUUAUUCUAAUGAUCCUGCCUUGUACCUGAGUUUUCGUCAACAGCCUCAUCCACUCCUUUCAUCUAUAACUCCAGGAGUUACUUCAGAAAAAAGUUCUGACCUGGAAGAUAGCCUGAGUCUAGGUUAUCACCCUACUUUAUCUGAGAUAGCUUAUAAUCCUAACCUUCUGGAUGAUCCAGAACUGAAUACUGGAAAACACAGUACUGUGUUGACAUUUUCUUCACACAUUACAUCUGUGAUUGAUUAUGUUAAGCCAUCUGACCUGAAGAAGGAGCUAAAUGAAAAGUUCCGUGAACGCUUUCCAUAUAUUCAAUUGACUUUAAGCAAACUUAGAAGCCUGAAAAGAGAAAUGUGCAAGAUAGCUCAACAAGAGUGUGGGAUUGAUCUACUCACUGUGGCACAGGCGUAUGUAUACUUUGAAAAGUUGAUUUUAAAGAUGUUGAUAAACAAACAGAACAGGAAACUUUGUGCUGGCGCUUGCUUGCUUCUCUCAGCUAAACUUAAUGAUGUCAAAGGCCUCGAGCUCAAGACACUUUUAGAGAAAAUUGAAUGUGGAUUCCGACUUUGUCGUAAAGACCUUCUAAAUACAGAAUUUGGAGUUUUGGUUGCUAUGGAAUUUUCACUGCAUUUGCCAACAUGGGAGAUUUUUCCUCACUACCAGCGUCUCCUAUACGAGUCUUGACAUCAGCUUUCUAGCAGAAUUGUGAUGAAUUUUGAAAGAAAAAAAAAACCUUUAGCCUGCACCAUUUUAUCACAGAUUGCUGAAUAACUCAUAAUUCUAGAAAUGGAAAGUAAACUGUACAGUUUUAACCAACAAAUGAAGCUUGUGUAGUUUGCAUUUGCAAGGAUAUAUUUACGUAAUCUAAACUAAAGUUUACUUAGGUUUUAACAUGAACAGAGAGUACAUGUUCUUGUUAAAGCAGACAUUCAAACAAACUGAAAUCAGACUUAAAAUGACUACAAAUAUAUUGAAUUAUUUUGUAUUUAUAUUUGUGAACCCUGCAGGCCAAAAUCAGUUGAAGAUAGGCUGUGGGAAAGUAUGUAAUGUAACUGUUCUAAAACAAUGUCUGCAUAAAUAUACUUACUGAGGAAAAUGCAAAAAAAAGACUAGCUUACGAAAAACAAAAUGUAUGAAGGACAUGUUUGAAACCAAACUAGAUGUAUAUUUAAAUAUAUAUAAUGGCAUAAGAGUCAAAUGAAUCAAGUUGUAGCAUAAGAGAAAUGAAUUAAAUGUAGCAUGAGAAUCAUAUGAAUCAAAUGUAGCAUAAGAGUCUAAAGAGUCAAAUUAUUUGAAAGGAAAUAUAAUUUCUGCUUACUUGUUGCCAGUGUUUGUCAAUUUAAUAACACAAAAUUCCAGCUUGAGAAAGAGAAUAUUGUAUAUAUUCCAGAAAAAACAACACAUUUUGAGACAUAGUUUAUGUUUAUCUGUUCUUGCACAGCUUGAGAUAUUUGUACAAAUUUUGAUCUCAUAAAUAGAUGUGAUCUUUGUUGUGUUUAUGUUUAUUUUUGUAGGUCACACAUAUGUGUUUCAGGAAAGAAAAAAAUUCUAUAAAAUAAUAAGCUUAUGCUUAAUUUUUUCACUUGUGGUUUUAAUUAAUCUGUGAAAGACAAAAUCCACUCAAUAAUGACAUAACUAAGUGAAUAAAUGAACUCCAGAAUUCAUUGUGUUUCUCAAAAUGAUAAAUUUGAGAUAUUUAAAGGUUAUUUAAUAUCAAUGUAUACUUAGUUUUGUGUUUGAUCUCAUAUUAUUUUAUUCAAGAGUAUAUAGACAAGGCUUCAAAAUCAAAACGUUAUUGUAAAAAGAACUUGGCAAGAUCUCACAAAAAUGUCCAAGCUGAGGCUUGUAAUAUCACAGAAGUAAUGCUGUGUUGAUUUUCUAUUUAUUUUGUGUUAGAAGUGGGUAUUAUAAUUAUGCAAGAAUAGAAUAUUUUCUCUAAUGUAAGAAUCUGUUUUUGCAAUAUCCUGUUUUAGUCACUAUAUAAAAUAUAAUUAUUUUGGAGAAAAAUUAGUUAGGACUGUACUGAUGUUUCUCCAUAUACUUAAGCUGUAUAAAAGGAAAACAAACAUUAGAAAAACAGCAGGGUACCAUAUGUAACUUAAUAUAUCUUUUAUCUUUUAUUUCUCAUCUUUCAUAUAAAUAGAUUAUAAUGAUAAUCAUUCUUUAAAAGUUAGAUGAGUACAGAAUUAUACAAUAUGCGAAUGAUCUCUUUUACAACGUUUGUUACUGCAACUGAUAGUUUGGGUUAUCUGAGGCUAUAGUUGCCUUGCUGUGUAGUUAGUGAUAUACUGUAUCAUGUUUUCUCUUUAAUAUCAUUGCUGCGAUUUAAUAUUACUUGUAUCUAAUAUCUAAAAUAAUGACCUUGUAGAAUAGAGAACUUUAAAAGUGCUAGAAAAUACCAAUAUUUGCCUAUGAAUGUUAGAUCAAGCUAAUUAUGAGAUAAAACACUUCAGUAUUUUCUUAAGAAUAUUUAACUAAAUCGUUAUUUAUAGGAAUUUUACAUCAAUCACUUUAUAUUAGAAGUUGUAUGAGAAUAGAUAAAUAUAUGAAAAGUUCAUAUAAAUAGUAGAGUUUAUGUAUUUAUCAUAAUUUGUUUGAACACAUGCUAUAAUAGCAUAGGAUCACAGAAUAUUUUUUUCUCUGUAUUAAACAUUGAAUGUAGCCACCCAUGAGUAUAGCUGGGUGAUUAACCUCAUUAACCGAUAUAAUCAAUUCCCUAUGGUACUGAUUACAUCAACUAAUGUCACAUAAAAGAACCAACUUAUCAAAUUUGGUUUUCCAGUUAUUACUAUUUGUGAUUGUUCCAACUGUCCACUGAAUCAAACUAUUGCCAUUAUGUUUGUUUGUUUUUAACCACAAAGCCAUACAAUGUGCUGUCUAUGCACCACAGGUACCAAAACCUGAUUUUUAGCACUACAAGUUUGUUUUUUGUUGUAAGCCAUUUCAUAAGAAUAAUUGAUUAAUGAGCAUGAUAAUUAAUCAAUCAUCAAAUUCCACUAAUGCUCAGCUCUAACCAUGAUGCAUUUACCUUUAAAUCAUUCUUAGAAAUUAUAAGUUUGACUGUGUUUUUUUUGUUUUUUUUUACAUGUUCUGUGCAGUAUCAAAGUUUUUGCAAAUCCUGUGUUGUGCCAGUGUCAGAGCUUUAGAUCACACAUCCUCUUUAAUACCAGUGUCAGAGUUUUUGUAUACCAAGUCUUCAGUAGUGCUAAUGUUGGAUAUGUUUCUUGCAUGCCCUGUAUUGUACCAUGCAUCAUGGCAAGAGCUUUUGGUUUCUGUAUAAUAACAUUGUUAGGUAUGUUUCUUGCACACCACUUGUAGUAUCAGUGUUAGGUAUGUUUCUUGCACACCCUGUAUGUAGUACCGUGCAAUGCCAAGAGUUUUUGUUUUUAGUACCUGUGUUAGAUAUGUUUCUUGCACAUCCUGUGUAUAGUACCAUGCAGUGCCAGGAGCUUUUAUUUUUUUGUAUAGUACCUGCGUUUGAUAUGUUUCUUGCACACUCUGUGUAUAGUACCAUGCAGUGCCAACAGCUUUUGUUUUUAUGUAUAGUACCUGUGUUAGAUAUGUUUCUUGCACACCCUGUGUAUAGUACCAUGCAGUGCCAAGAGCUUUUGUUUUCCUGUAUAGUACCUGUGUCAGAGCUUUUGUUUUCCUGUAUAGUACCAGUGUCAGAGCUUUUGUUUUCCUCUAUAGUACCAGUUAGAACUUUUGUUUUCCUGUAUAGUACCUGUGUCAGAGCUUUUGUUUUCCUCUAUGGUACCUGUGUCAGAGCAUUUGUUUUCCUCUAUAGUACCAGUGUCAGAGCUUUUGCGUGCAUGCUCACUGAUUUGUCUCAGUGUUAAUAUUUAGUUGUGCUUACCGUAGUUUAAGGAAAAGACGGUUUGUUAAUUCGGUUGUUUUAAUCGUUAAACAGAAAAUUCAGAUAAUUUAUUUCCGUAUAAAGUUCUCGUUAUUUAUUAUAUUUGUAGUUUGUUUCAAAAUAUAUAUAUAUAUGAACAUUGAAUAAAAGACGUUUGUUGUUAA